CUUUCCGACAUUACGUUUUUGAGGAUUCUAGCAGCAGAGAGGUUUCUCUCUCUGCUAGCAGAUUCUCAUUAAUUUUCGCAAGUUCUCGUUUGACCGCACGAAGGCGGUAAAAGUGCAAGGAUUUAAUUGUGGAAAAAUUCAUUUGCUACCAAAUCAAAAAUUGUUGAAGUUACUUUAGAUUCUUCGAGUUGAAUGCAUGACGUACAUUGUGAAAAAUGAGCGUAACGUUGCAUACGGAUGUCGGCGACGUUAAAAUAGAACUAUUUUGCGAGAUGUGCCCGAAGACAUGUGAGAAUUUUCUUGCGCUUUGUGCCAGUGGAUACUAUGACAAUUGCCUGUUUCACCGGAAUAUAAAAGGCUUCAUUGUCCAAACUGGAGAUCCCACCAAUACGGGUAAAGGAGGAACCUCAAUAUGGAAUCGCAAGUUUGAAGAUGAAUUUAAAGAGGAGCUUAAACAUAAUGCAAGAGGUCUCAUUUCUAUGGCUAACAAUGGCCCUAAUACAAACGGCAGUCAGUUUUUCAUUACUUAUGCGCCUCAAUCACAUCUGGACCUAAAAUAUACUUUGUUUGGAAAAGUUAUUGAUGGUUUAGAAACCUUAGAACAAUUGGAAAAACUACCAAUAAACCCUAAAAAUUAUAAACCACUUGCAGAAAUCAGGAUAAACAAUAUAACUAUACAUGCUAACCCAUUAGCGGGAUAGAUCUAAGAGAUGAAUGUUUUUUAACAACUACAUCAUAAUAAUACAAUUGAUUUAGAAUUGAAAAAAUAUCAAUAAGUAUUUUUUAUAUUGUGUAUAUACCUAAUAAUCUCUUGUUUUGUGGAUCAAAUGGACU